AUGCGAGUGAACAGGAUUUCUCCUGCCUUGGGUCACCAGGCUCACACUGCCGUCAUGAUCUUUCUGGUGCUGGCGUGGGGAGCACCUGGUAAAUGUCAGAGACAGCCACGCCUUUUCCUGCUGGCUGCCAAAGAAAACCGAUUUGGACGUGAGAAGGCUAAGCUGGUUGCAGAGACAGAGAAGCUGGAAUUGCUGCAGAUGCGUUGCUCAGAGUCUCGUAAACUCCUGGAAACGCAGCCGGAGUCCCAGAGACAGCAGCUGCAGCGCAAACUGCACGAGGACUCUGACGCUGUGGAAACGGCGCUCAAAGCCUUCGAGGACCUGGAGUUCCAGCAGCUGGAGAGGGAGAGCUCUCUUGAGGAGGCAAGGGAGGCGAUGCAGAGACAGGCUUUGAUGGAAAUCUCCGGGCAGCAGCACCGCAUCAACCAUAGGAAGGAACAAGUAUUAAAGCUGCAGAAACAAGUGAACGAAAUCAGACAGCAGACUGAGACGGAGUCCCGAAAACUGAGUCAGUGCAAGAAAGAAACAUCCAACAUACUCAACAUGCAUUUAUUGAAGGAUAAGAAACGCUUGUCUGAGUUCAGUAACCUGACGGGCUCUGCUCCCUGUAUGUUAUCUAUCCCAGGCUUGUCUGUGCACAGUCCCACGCAGAAUCCUUCUCUGGUUGUGAACGGCACUUCAGCUUUGCCGAGGAGGCAGUGCCAGCAGAACAAGCACUCUGAUAGGCCAGCCUCAGUCCAUGGUCAGCAGUUGAAGUGUGCGGAUGUUGACAACGGGUCUCCGAGCGGCACGGCAGUCGAUGGUCCGCGUUCCCCCUGCUCCAAACACGCUUCCUCCCCCAAACCGAACCAGACCAACGGGGGUCCCAGCUGCAACGGGACAAGCCGUGCACCCGCUCAGGGGUUCAGUAAUGGGAAUGGGCUUCCCAACAUAGUGGACAUGGAGAGGAAACUACGGGAGGCCAAAGCUGAGAGAGAGUGUCUGCUGAGGGCCAGGGAAGCCAAAAUACAAGCCGAAGAGGAAGCCAAGAAAAAAGAGCUGGAGAGCGUUGAACCAACAUCCGCUUCUACACCAGAGCGCCAUCUAGAGACUGGGCCCCUCCGCUCCCUCAUCAGCAGUGUGACCUUUGACCUCCGGGCCCACCUGGAGGCGUCCGGUCACAGCGUCGAGACGUGCAGCGCGGUAACCGUCAGCAACAGGAGGUGCAAGGGCUUCCUCACCAAGAUGGGGGGCAAGAUCAAAACCUGGAAAAAGAGGUGCUUCGUGUUCGAAGGGGAAAAGAAACGACUGGCUUAUUUCUCAAAUAAAGAAGAAACGAAGCUAAAGGGUGUGAUCUAUUUCCAAGCCAUUGAGGAAGUUUAUUACGAUCACCUGCGCAGCGCGUCUAAGAGUCCACACCCCAAGCUGACGUUCUGCGUGAAGACCUACGACCGGCUCUUCUUCAUGGUCGCACCAACACCUGAGGCCAUGAGGAUCUGGAUGGAUGUAAUCGUCACGGCAACGGAUGAACAUCGUCGCUACUGAACCUGUACGGCAACAGGCCCAAUUGACCACUGUACAGAGCUGGGCCAUCACCUGUAGGCUUGGAUAUCUUGAAUAGAUAUCUCUGGACAUUGAGCGCGCAAGAUCUGCAAUGCUGAAAAGUCUUCUCCUGUCCGGGUUUGAGGUUGGCGUUUCUGGAGAUUUGGACAGUCUUAACUCCUGCAACGUUUCCAUCUGCACCUUGCAAACAGUCUGUAAAUCGAUUUCAAGUAUCCAGCCUCCCUGCAGCCGAUCUGCAGUCUAUGGUCCAGGACUUCAGAUAACAUCAAAGAAGCAUCGCUCUUUUUUGUUAGCAGGAAUUUCUAAAUUCGUCGCAUACCUCCGGUUGUUUUAUCGGUGCUGUAAUUGGCAGUCUGUGUUGUUUGUUUUCUUCACCAGUUUGGUGUUUUCUCAAAUCCUUUCGCGUCGACACUUAUUGGAUCAUUCAGAAAGAGUUCUGAGAGACUAUUUCCGCCUGUGAAGCCUCAUAAUGUUAACUGGGACUGAGAUCAUUCAAAGACUUCUGUCUGAUGGAAACUGAACUGAAUUUUUGUGUAGCUUUCAUUGGUGGCUGAUGAAAUCGAGACAAAGCUUUUGUUUGCUUUUUUUAAAAUAAUGACGCACAUUUUGCUGUGCUUUUUUUUUUUGCAAAUAAGAAUUUUACUGUCACCCCCUCAAGUGACAAAAGGGGUACAAAAGCCAGUUGAAAAUAAUGUUACAUUUUGUAUUCUUGCACAUCGAGACAUUUUAUCAAAGGACAAAAGUGCAAUAUUCACUGAAUGUGUAGAUGUGUAAUAUUUAAAGCACUGGUACACUGUUACUAAAUGCUCAAUUAGAAUUAAGGUAAAACUAUUAAGAAAUGAAAUCAAGUAGA